CACACACACACACACACACACACACACACACACACACACACAGCUCCUGCCAUGGACUUUGUCUGAUCCUCCAAUCCUCCUCAGUCUACUGAGCUAAGCUGCACGAAACAGAAGCGCCUGUCAUCUGUCUCCUUUCUCCUCUUUUUACAGUAAAUCAUUGUGCAGCCAUGCCGAGAUCAUUUGCUUCCUAUUUGGACUGGAGCAGACGGAUGUCAUCAAGUUCUUUAGAGCAACGGCACCUGGAGUUGAAGGAAGUGGCCCAGGCUGUGAUUAGGCCACUAAAGAGUGGGCUCCAUUCCUUCAACAAUGUCUUAGAGAUGCUCCUCCGUGUCAAUGCAGACAUUGUCCUUCCUGAUAGCCAGACUUUUCGUGACAUUAGACAAGAGAUUGAGAACAUGAAGCAGCAGAUGGAAGAGUCGGAGCAGGUAGCCAGAAGAGAGCUUCAGCAGCUUGAUGGGGAGACUGAACAUCUCACUGCAGAGCAGAGUCAUUUAGCAAACCAGAAAAGCCAGAGAGAGCUUGAGAUAGAAGGCUUAAAAAUACAGCUGGAGUCAAACAGAUCCUCUCUGGAGAGUUACAAAGAAGCUCUGGAGAGAGAGAGGGAUAACCUGAAGUCAGCAGAAAACACCCGAGAUAAAAUGAUAGAUAGGAGAGAUGGGGGCGAAAACGUAAGAAAUGCUGGGAUUGGUAUCACGUUUAUCCCAAUUGUGGGGUGGAUUGCUGGACCAAUUAUGAUUGCAGCUGGUGAAAGCGAGAGGAGCAUGGCCUCUGAUGCUGUGGACAGCGCUAAUAGGGAGAUAGAGAACUGUGAAUCUCAGGUUAGCUCACACUCCCAAAAAGUGUCUGAGUACAAUUCCUUGAUUUGUCAAGCUCAGCGUGAAAUCCAAGAGACUGACAACAAGAUUCGUGAGGUGGAGGCCACACUGCGGAGUGUGGCUGUGAAGAGGGAGGCUGUUUCUAAUGUUCAACAAAAAAUUAGAUGUGCUGUCCAUCAGCUGGGGAAGCUGUGUGGGGUGGGGAACGUGGCAGAGCUGCAGACCCAACGCCUAAUCCUGUUGGAGCCUGUGGUGAAGGUAAUGGAGGAAAUGACCACAGCACUGGGUCAGAUCUCUGGAAAUGAGCUGCUGCACACUGAGGGCAUAAACAGCUUGAUGUGGGACAUUAAAGAAAAACAGACCAAACUAAACCAACUUGUUGACACCAAUAUGAGUAUUGAUGAUGAUUAUUACUGAUUUGCUUUUCUAUUCGUCAUUGCUGCAUUUUAGUAAGUUGUCUAUUUCAGUUGUUUAGCUUCCUAAGCUCUCUUUUCUCACAUGAGUCGCUCUUCGUUGAAAGUAGCAGGACAGAAUGAACAGAAAUACUAGUUGUACUGAUGUGAUGAAAUGAGACUAGAAGUUGAAGCUUUUCUUGAUCAGGUAUUUAAAUGCCUGUAAAUUGUGUAAUCUGUUUUUUUUACAUGCUCUGGGCCUAAAGAGGAGUGACAUGAACAGUCUAUUUUACACUUUACUGCUUAACGUCUAAAGUCAUAUCUUCAUGUCUAAUACUAUGUAGUGCAUUGGUAGGAGCAGAUUUGGAAAUUAGCAAGUUAUCAAUAAUUAUCAAACACAAUUAUUAAGAGUAAUAAAAAUAUUAUUAACCACCCUGUAAACGGACUAUUUAACCAAACCUGUGAAAUCAGUCUGAAAAUGGGUGUUCACUUAAAAUAUCAAUAUUUAUGAUAUUGAUAUCAUCAGUUGAACAGUGAAGGUGUAAAUCCGAGCACUGACCCUCGCAACCAGAAGUUAUUACAACACAAUAUGAACAAUAUAUCACAGACAACUUAUCUUUAAAUAUAAUAGUUUAAUAAACUUCAGCAUUAUUAAUUCACAAUCCAAAAUACAAAUGUGUAUUAGUAUGGGCCCGCCCACUUCAGUUUCGAUUUCCAAGAGGGGUUACCAACGGACGCAGAGCAAAAUGCCUCCGGCUGUAAUUGGAUAGCAGCGGAUCAUGUGACAUCUGUAGAGCGACGCGAAAAUGUCAACAGACUAGAGCAGAGAGGAGACGUCAACCUAGCGGGGCUUUACAGAGGUUACACAUAAUAUUUACAGUAUAUAACAGAAAUACCUGCGAAAUACAUCACAACAUACAAUACUCACUCUCUUCACGAACGCAUUCCCCUGGAAUAAUGAGAGCUACGGCCGCCCUGUAACAUGUAUAAUCAUACCUGUAAAAUGUAAACAAAGGUCAAGACCCAAAGCUUGCUACAGGGGCUGCAAAAAAGGUGCCUGAGUAAAUAAUGACAACAUAACUCAAAAAACUGCAGUCAUUUUUGUGAUUAAAAUGUGUGUGUUCUUUUGGAACUGGAAUAAAUACAUAAUAUAAAAAAUGA